AUGUCUCGUACAUACCGGUUAUGCCGGGCCCUACGGGCAGGCGGCGGGGGAGUUCCAGUGCCGGCGUCGCCCUUUCUACGCGCGCCGACCCCCAGGGGCUUUUCGACCAGCGCCAGACGCCCCCUGAUGGAACUGACGGGGUUCAGCGAGGAACAAUUAACCGUCCGCGAUGCCGUGUCCGCCGUGUGCGCCAGAUUCCCCAGCACGUACUGGCAAGAGUGCGACCAGAACGAGCGCGAUCCCAAGGAGUUCCAUGCCGCGCUGGCCAAGGAUGGAUGGCUGGGCAUCGCUCUGCCGGAGGAGCUGGGCGGCGCAGGACUUGGAAUCUCCGAAGCCACGAUGAUGAUGCAGACGAUCACGCAGUCCGGGGCGGGGAUGGCGGGGGCGCAAGCGAUCCACGCCAACGUCUACGCGACGCAGCCACUGGCGCGGUUCGGGACACGGUCCCAGCUCGAGGAGACGAUCCCCAAGAUCAUCACCGGGCAGUGGCGGACCUGCUUCGGGGUGACAGAGCCCAACACAGGUCUGGAGACGCUGAAGCUACGGACCCUCGCCACGAAACACCCCGCACGGGACACCUACUCGAUCUCCGGGCAGAAGAUCUGGAUCACCUGCGCGCAGAUCGCGGCGAAGAUGAUCCUGUUGGCGCGGACGACGCCGCUGGAAGAGGUGCGUAAGCCCACGCAGGGCCUGUCGCUCUUCUGUAUCGACCUCGAUCGCGAGCAGCCCGGGCUGGACAUGCGCAAGAUCAAGAAGAUGGGUGCGCGCGCCGUCGACGCCAACGAGGUCUUCUUCGAUAAGUACGAGGUUCCUGCGAAUACCUUGAUCGGGCAAGAGAAUGACGGCUUCCGUAUCAUCUUGCACGGUAUGAACGCCGAGCGAUGUCUGCUUGCCGGUGAGGCCCUGGGCCUGGGCUACGCUGCCCUGGAACGAGCCGCCCAGUAUGCGAACGACCGCGUCGUGUUUGGCCGUCCGAUCGGCCAGAAUCAGGCUAUUGCCCAUCCGCUGGCUGAUGCUUAUAUGCGGCUGGAGGCGGCCAAGUUGGCGACCUAUCACGCCGCUCGGCUGUAUGAUUCUGCUGCGUCUGCCUCGAAUACCGGGGAGGAAAGUAGUAAUACUGCUAAAUCUAAUAGUGGUGGUAGUAGUAGUAGUAGUAUCCCCCUCCACUCCGUGGGGGUCGCUUGCAAUAGCGCCAAGUAUCUGGCGGCCGAAGCGGCCUUUACGGCGUGUGAGCGCGCGGUGCUCAGCCAUGGGGGCAUGGGCUACGCGAUGGAGUACGAUGUGGAGCGCUAUCUCCGCGAGUGUCUGGUGCCACGGAUCGCUCCCGUGAGUCGCGAGAUGGUCUUGAAUUAUGUCAGUGAGAAGGUGUUGCAGCUGCCGCGGAGUUAUUGA